AAAACGACACUAAACGUUGAGUUUUCUCUACGCUUUUUACUCCAAAAACAUAAUAACACAACUGAAAGAGUUUUCCGUUAGUAAUGCGAAACGAAUGUUGGCUGUUACUGACUAUAAUUGCAGUGCAUAGUUCUGAGGAGAAGCCCGAGGUUUGUCGAAGAUGGAGUUUGUGAAAGUGGAGCUGGUGGAUGUGGAGCCGCUCAGAGUCAAAGAAGAACCCGAGCCGCAAACAGACUUGAUGGAAGAGGACAGUCAAGAUCCGAAUGACGAGGAGGAGGAUCCUCACAGUUUCACAGCCGGAGAAAUGUCACAAACGGAGGAUUCGACACAAACUACAGGAGCCAAGAAGUCCUUCUCCUGCCCGCACUGCAGAGAGAGCUACAAGCGUAAAGCAGACCUGAAGGAUCACAUGGGGAUUCACAGCGAGCGGCCGUACACGUGUCUGCAGUGCGGCAAGAGCUACACGCAGAAGAUCAACCUCCAGAAUCACCUGCUGAUUCACAACGGAGAGAAGCCCUUCACCUGCUCGCAGUGCGACCGGAGCUUCACGCGCAAGGGAGACCUGAAGAAGCACAUCAGCGUUCACUUCGGAGAGCGGCCCUUCACCUGCCAGCAGUGCGGGAACAACUUCAGGCACCAGGGGAACCUCACCAGUCACAUGAAGAUUCACACCGGAGAGAAAUCCCAGCGCAAUUACAGCGACAAGAAACUCGCGCAGGUGUGCAACUACAAAAAGCCGGUGCUGUAUCACGCCGGAGACAUGCCCUUCAGAUGUGAGCCGUGCGGCCAGAGGUUCAUUCUGUCCUCGCACCUGAAGAGACACCAGAAGUGGCACUCGCAUUAGAGCUCAGAAACCAGUAUAUACUUUCUGAACGAGUGUGUGUGUGUGGGGGAAAGCAGCACAUAAUCAGUUCUUCAGUUCAGAGACGAAAGCAUCGUUUACAGUCGAGACGGAGCGAAGUUCAUUCUCAGCUCUAGUAGAUUCAGAUUAAUCACAUCCAAAAUAAACGCUUUAGUGUACAUAAUAUAUGUGUGUGUGCUGCGU